UUCCAGUUCAUCUUAUUUUUUUAUUUUGUUUGUUUAAAUCUGUUCACUAUUCUGCUUCAUAUACUAUACAUAAUUAUUUCUAUUUCAAUUUUACUUUCCUAUCUCCUAAGUAAUGCAUCGUUUGGUUGAAGACUUGAAUUCAAUUCCUGUAAUGUUUUUCAGAGUCUGAAAUCCAUAACAAAAAAAUAAUUGUUUAAUUUUUUUAUUUUUAUUUUUAUCAUUUUUAUAUUCUAAAUUUCUCUCUAGAGAUUCAGAAUAAUUGGACCAAGAAAAAGGUUUAUGAUCUUCAGUUAGUUUUCUUUUCACACGCAUUUUGCUGUGAAUUAUCGUGUGAUGUGUUGGUGGGAAUGUAUACUUCCCCCAUUUUUGUUUGCGACUGUAAAGAAAUGUUGUCAAAACGGCAAUUAAAGGAAAUCAGCUGCAGAUUUAAUUAGCACAUACAAGUCCUAUAUCCAUUUCUGAAAAUUUACAAUUAUCUGUAAUAGUUGAUAGCACUACUUUUGAUUUAUUCAUGAGAAGCCAAAUUAGAUAACAUGACCAUGCCUUGUGGAGGAAAUUAACCUCCAUGCAUUUAUGAAUUGAAUAGAUGACGUGAAAGUGUGAUAUGGAUUUUCGUUACCGUUAUAAACCAUGGGAUGGUGGAAGUUGGAUCCCUUCUAUUCAUGAUUUUGCUAUAAUGUAGGAGUACUUAUUUGUUUCAAUUCAUACUCUAUAGGAUGAAAUUUUAGGACUUUAUUUUUUAUUUAUUUUUUAAUUUCCUUACAUAUAUUUGAACCCUUGAUGUUGUUCUAGUAAGAUUGUGAACCUUUGAUUUUGAUUGGCCAUAAAAAGGUUGAUUGAUAGUCAUGAGUUGGAGUUGUUUAUAACCAUUUGAAUGCAUAUUAUGCAAUUAUGAAUUAUCAAAUUACAGUUGACACGUCCAGUAAGCUUGUAAGCUGCAAAGGUGGAAAUUAAAUUAUAUUACUUUGGUUUCUGUAUAUGUUUGGAAAUGCCAAAAUGCCAUCUCUUGAUUCCAUGUGCAAUUUUAUGCAGUUUUGAGUCAUUAAUUGUCCCAGUUUGGUUCCCAUCUUUGCUGCUGUGGCACUUUCAUUGCCAUUUUCCUCUUCUGCAGAGUAUGGCUUGAGCAACUUUGGUUUCCCUAAUGGCACAAAAUACUGUUUCUGGUGCUGACUCGCCUCGGCGACGUCUUUUACGAGAUCAGGUUCAAGCGGUUAAAAGAAAGGAUUCUGAUCGCUAUGAAAUUGUUCCUAUCCAAGAUUCUUUGUCAUUUGAGAAAGGAUUCUUCAUAUUUAUUCGUGCAUGCCAGUUGUUGGCUCAAAAGAAUGAUGGAAUCAUAUUAGUAGGAGUUGCAGGUCCAUCUGGAGCAGGGAAAACUGUUUUCACUGAGAAGGUCCUCAAUUUUAUGCCAAGCAUAGCUGUCAUAACAAUGGACAAUUAUAAUGAUUCUAGUAGAAUUAUUGAUGGAAACUUUGAUGACCCUCGGUUGACGGAUUAUGACACCUUGCUCGAAAAUAUACAGGGUCUUAAAGCAGGGAAACCUGUUCAAGUUCCAAUAUAUGAUUUCAAGUCUAGUUCUCGCAUAGGUUACAGGACUAUUGAAGUCCCUAGCUCUCGUAUUGUAAUCAUAGAAGGCAUUUAUGCCUUAAGUGAAAAAUUAAGGCCUUUGCUUGAUCUUCGUGUUUCUGUCACUGGUGGAGUUCAUUUUGACCUUGUCAAGCGUGUUUUGCGGGAUAUUCAACGUGCUGGUCAAGAGCCUGAAGAAAUAAUUCAUCAAAUUUCUGAAACGGUAUAUCCUAUGUAUAAAGCUUUUAUUGAGCCAGAUCUCCAAACAGCUCAUAUAAAAAUUAUUAACAAGUUUAAUCCAUUCUCUGGAUUCCAAAAUCCCACCUACAUAUUGAAGUCAACAAGAGUUGUGACAGUUGAUCAAAUCAAGGCAGUUAUUGCUACGGAGCAUACUGAAACCAAAGAGGAAACGUAUGACAUAUUUCUACUGCCCCCUGGGGAAGACCCUGAAGCUUGUCAAUCAUAUUUGAGAAUGAGAAACCGUGAUGGAAAGUACAAUCUCAUGUUUGAGGAAUGGGUGACAGAUAGUCCAUUCAUAAUAUCACCUAGAAUUACGUUUGAGGUCAGCGUGCGCCUUCUCGGAGGCCUGAUGGCCUUGGGAUACACAAUUGCAGCUAUCCUGAAAAGAAGCAGCCAUGUCUUUCAUGAUGAUAAAGUGACCAUAAAAACUGAUUGGCUAGAACAACUUAAUCGCACAUAUGUUCAGGUGCAAGGUAAAGACAGAAACGACUGCAAAUUUGUAGCAGAGAAACUGGGGAUGGAUGGUUCCUAUGUUCCUCGCACUUACAUUGAACAAAUUCAGCUAGAAAAGCUUGUAAACGAUGUGAUGGCAUUGCCAGAUGAUCUUAAGACAAAACUCAGCAUAGAUGAUGACUUUGUUUCAAGUCCCAAAGAGGCCCUUUCCAGAGCUUCUGCAGAUAGAAGAAUGAAGCAUCUCAAUCGUGGUAUUUCACAGUCAUAUUCAACUCAAAGGGACAAGAUUCUACCUAAGCUGACUAAACUUGCUAUAAAUAACAGAAGAUUCGAUGGAAGGGCGCUAGAAUCACCUGCACCUAUUGCUAACCAAGGAGUCAUUACUCAACUUUCUGAUCAAAUUUCCACAUUAAAUGAAAGAAUGGAUGAAUUCACCUCCCGAAUUGAAGAGCUGAAUUCAAAGUUUGCUAUUCCAAAAGUUUCAGCCAGUCAACAAAACUUGGCUGUACAGGCUGAGGCCUGCAAUGGCUCAGGCCCCACUUCUUUCUUUGUAACUGGAUUAAGCAAUGGUUCAUUGACUGGAUCACUGCUACCUAAUUCUUCAUCGUCUUCUCAAUUGGCUAAAGAGUCUCCCCUGAUGGAAGAGGUAUUAGUUAUUGCUCGAGGACAACGUCAAAUCAUGCAUCAACUUGACACCCUGAGCAAUCUUUUGCAUGAAUACUUUGGAGAAAGGUCACGCCUGGAUAGACCAGACCAGACAGGCAGAAUGCGUGAACCUGAAUCCGUUGCCAUCCCCCUGGUUCUGACUCUCGCCCUUGGUGCUGUUGGUGUGUUUUUGUUCAGAGGUUUGACAUCCCAAAAGUAAACGUAUAUAUAUAUUGAGAGAAUUUGGUUGGAUACAAACUUUACACUUUCUCAACUGAAAAUAACUGUUUAUUUUCAGUAAAAAAAUUUUUUUUAAAAAGUUUCUAAUUUGUAUCCAAACAUAUUUAUAAUUUCUUGUCAAUUAUCAUCAAUAUUUAUGAGAGAAACCUCAUUAGUGUGUAUAUAUAUUAUAAAAUCCUAAGGUUUCUGAAAAUAAUUACUAUCAGUGAGGGACUGCCUCACAUCAAGUAGUAGUGGACGACCUUAAUGGGCUGAUGGUAUAUUUUAGCAUUCACUAAAGAUGUAGUAUAGAGUUGCGUAGUAUAUAAUAAGCUUCUGUAUAUCUUUUUACUUGUUAAAUAAUUCGUCCACUUGGUGGAAUACUGAACUUGCAUAUAUUAUAAUAUGCUCUUUAUUCUCGCUGGCUUUUCU